UAAGCCACUCAGAAAUCUGUAGUGUCCUUGAACCCACCAUGGAUUAGCAUAUUUACAGGAGAGAAAGUUACUCUUUCAUGCCUCAGGAACAGUUCUCUUCAUAAGAACUCUACUAAAUGGAUCCACAAUGGCACCAUCUCUAAGGUGACAUCUACAAAUUUGGUCAUUAUGAGUGCCACCAUUCAGGACAGUGGAAAAUACAUAUGUCAGAACCAAGGACUUUACAAGAGUAAGCCUGUGUACCUGAAAGUGAUGCAAGACUGGCUGCUCCUUCAGACUACUGCGGAUGUGGUCCUGGAGAAUGAGUCCUUUGACAUUAGGUGCCAUGGCUGGAAGAACAAGAAUGUGCACUCAGUAACUUAUUACCAGAAUGGCAUUGCUUUCAAGUACUGCUAUAAGUGUUCCGACAUCUCUAGAAAAGCCACACUGAACAACAGUGGCACCUACCACUGCACAGGCUGUGUUAGUCGGCUGAACUGUACAUCUGAGGAACUCAGAAUUACUGUAAUAAAAGCUUACAAAAGCAAGUAUUUUUGGCUACAAUUAUUUUUCCCAUUGUUGGUGGUGACUCUGUUUGCUGUGGACACAGGGUUAUUGCUCUCAACCCAGGAAGAGUUCAAAUCAGUCUUGACGAUUCAGAUGAUGGGAAAACACAAAAAACCGUGAACUCUAACACCUAACCAGGCACAUAAAGGAGCUGAUGUCAUUUCUGAAGACACAAUUCUUAACAGCAAUUUCCCACAGUGUCCUCAAUAGCCUCUCCACUGUCAAAGGCUACUCAUGUUCUCCAUAGAAAAGUCUGUGCCCCAGGAGUUACAUAAAUGCUUUGUUAAACCAGCUGCAUCUGGCUAAGUGUGACAUAAUAGCAAAUGCUCAAUAAAAAUGGUUUAAUAAGUUAAAGAAUGGGUUGAUGCCUUUAUUUGU